CUCAGCCUCGCCGCAGCCUCGCUGCGUGGACCGGAGCCCCGAUGGACAUGAAAGCGGACCAGCACGCACCCUGACCCACACCCCAUACGGCUGCCCCUGUGCUAGCCCCAAUGACUAUGGACGAGUGGAAACCCAACCCCGCCAUCAAGCCCCACAAGAAGCGGAGCUGGUACCUUGCCUGGAAGUACAAGCUGAUGAACCAGCGCGCACUGCGGAAGCUGUGUCAGACAGGUGCUGUCCUCUUCCUGCUUGUGACUGUAAUUGUGAACAUCAAGUUGAUCUUGGACACCAGGAGAGCUGCUUAUGAGGAGGAAGAGGAGUCUGCACAGGACUACGAUGAUGAGAUGCUGAAUGUGGAGGUCCCUAGGCACCCUGUCAGCAACAAGAAGGUCUUGGAUGUUGAGGUGUACUCCAGCCGGUCGAAGGUCUACGUGGCUGUGGAUGGGACGACAGUCCUGGAAGAUGAGGCUCGGGAGCAGGGAAGAGGGAUCCAUGUCAUCGUCUUAAAUCAGGCUACGGGUCACGUGAUGGCCAAGAGGGUCUUUGACACCUAUUCUCCCCAUGAAGAUGAAGCCAUGGUACUUUUCCUCAACAUGGUUGCCCGGGGCCGGAUCCUGAUCUUUACCAUUAAGGAUGAAGGCUCCUUUCAUCUCAAGGACACAGCCAAGAAUGUCCUGAAAAGUCUGGGGAGCCAAGUUGCACCAUUCCUGAGCUGGAGAGACAUGUGGACAUUUGUGGGAAAGAAGGGAGGGGAAGUAUACGGGGAGAAGCAUGCCAAGUCGCCUGCCCUCUCAACAUGGGGUGACCCUGUGCUGCUGAAGACAGAAGUUCAUCUGACAUCUGUGGAAGAUGCUGAGUGCCAUUGGCCCGACACAGAGCUGAACCGCCGCCGGAAGAGGUUCUGCAGCAAAGUAGAAGGUUAUGGCAGUGUCUGCAGCUGCAAAGACCCCACACCCAUUGAGUUCAACCCUGAUCCUCUGAAGGACAAUAAAGUCUUCAAUGUUCCUGUAGCUGUUAUUGCAGGGAACCGCCCCAACUAUCUGUACAGGAUGCUGCGCUCCUUGCUGUCGGCUCAGGGCGUCAAUCCACAGAUGAUCACAGUCUUCAUCGAUGGGUACUACGAGGAGCCAAUGGAUGUCGUAGAGCUGUUUGGCCUCUCAGGAAUCCAGCACACUCCCAUCAGUAUUAAAAAUGCCAGAGUUUCCCAGCACUACAAAGCCAGUCUGACUGCAACAUUCAACCUGUUCCCGGAUGCUAAAUUUGCCGUGGUUCUGGAGGAAGACCUUGACAUUUCUGUUGACUUCUUCAGCUUUCUGAGCCAGUCAAUACACCUUUUGGAGGAGGAUGAGAGCCUGUACUGCAUCUCAGCUUGGAAUGACCAGGGCUAUGAGCACACAGCUGAGGACCCCUCGCUUCUGUACCGUGUGGAGACCAUGCCAGGCCUGGGCUGGGUGCUCCGGAAGAGCCUGUACAAGGACGAGCUGGAGCCAAAGUGGCCAACCCCUGAGAAGCUCUGGGACUGGGACAUGUGGAUGCGGAUGCCCGAGCAGCGGAAGGGCCGGGAGUGUAUCAUCCCUGACAUCUCACGCUCCUACCACUUUGGCAUCGUGGGGCUCAACAUGAACGGCUACUUCCACGAAGCCUAUUUCAAGAAGCACAAGUUCAACACAGUUCCGAAUGUCCAGCUUAAAAAUGUGGAGAGCUUGAGGAAGGAUGCUUACGAGACUGAAAUUCAUCGUCUCCUGGGUGAGGCUGAGGUCUUGGACCACAGCAAGAACCCCUGUGAGGACUCCUUUGUGCCUGACACUGAGGGCAAGGUCUAUGUCAUGUUCAUCAGGAUGGAGCAGGAAGCAGAUUUCACGACCUGGACGCAGCUUGCCAAGUGCCUCCACAUCUGGGACCUGGACGUCCGCGGGAACCACAAGGGGCUGUGGCGUCUCUUCCGCAAGAAGAACCACUUCCUCGUGGUGGGGGUCCCUGCCUCCCCCUACUCGUCCAAGAAGCCCUCAUCAGUGACACCAAUCUACAUGGAGCCCCCUGCCAAGGAGGAAGGGGCGGUGGCAGUCCCAGUGGUUGCUGCAGCAGAGCAGACAUGAGACUGGCAGCCAGAAAGCGAGGGGGACUGGGAGAAGACAGAGACCUCCACGGUGCAGAGAUGGAGUUGGCAGCAGCUCUUGGAGGCUGGUGACUGGACAUGGACUCCCAUUUCAGGCUGCAAAAUGAGACCUUGGGCUUCCUCCAGGCCCCUGUUGUGGUCUCCCUCUCCCUCGCACGGGACAGGGUCUUUCCCUGUAGAUAUGCCACCCCCCAUCCCAGGAACUUUUUUUUUUUAACACAGACUCUUUACUAAUGCUGUUCGUGUUGCUCCCUGGCUGGGCAAAGCUGGAGGAAGGAGAUGCUCAGCUGGGGGCUAGAGGAGGCCUCAAAAAAAACCUCUACUUCCCUUUUUGGCCCCUGAGUCCUGAGAAGGCAGCAUGCUCAUGUGCAAGUCCUGCAGCCUACCAGCUGGGUGUUAUUUGUUAACUCUUGCCUGGCUGGCUCUGUGCCCGGUGGUGAAUGCGAUGAUGAAGAAGGGAUCUUCCAGCAUCUCUUCUAUUUCCUGCACAAUGGAUGCACCUUGAAGACUGUAUGUUUGGUUGGACAUCUCCCUGCGCAUCAGCUUUGCUUCCUGGGCUGCAGACACUGAUGCAGCCCAGCUCAUAGGCAAAAGGGAAUACUGAAGAGGAGCUGAGCUUGCUGUGGAUGCAUAGGGGACACCCCAUACCCAGCACGAGGGCAAUCAGGUGCCCCUUUCCUUUCUCUGCAGUUCUGGGAGCUGGAGCUGACUAUAGAUGGAAGUGGACCAGGCUGUGUGCUGAGGCUCGGACUGUCCUCACCCACCUUCUCUGUGGGGAGCAGCCCUGCCCCCCCAGUGGUGGGAGAUGGGGUGAAAGUGCCUUGCAGAGUGAGAUGGGAGCAGCCAGCAGGCAUCCCCCCAGCUGGAGGGGCAGGAUGGACCAGGGUCCUCUGGAGCGAGAGAUGCUGAGCUCUGGCGUGGUCCUUGCCUGUGGUACUGUACCCUGUCUCUCCCUCCUCUCUGGCCAGGUACCCCCAGCUCUUGCUGAAGGCAGAGGGAGUUUGUUCUCCUGAAUCCCCACCCUUACUGUGGUACGUUAACUAGCAGGGAAUCUGAGCUGAGCUGGGAUGGGCAGC